GGCGUGAUCAGUAUCAUUCCUGCCGCCGUACACUAAACAGGUCUUCCCAAAAAAAUAUUAGAAUUCUCGAAAUCUGAAAGCUUUUCUGACGUAUGUCGAGGUAUGUGAAGUAAGCUUAAGUUGUCACCGAGGAGUCUGAAGAGACUGCCGGCUGACGCCAUUUUAAAUGUCAUCUUGGUGCCCCACGAAAUUUGAAGAGAAUUCUCGCUGCCUGAAAACGUCAGAAGUAUACUUUAAUGAGGUUUGAGUUCGUAGAUAUCAGUCUCAAGACAGCUGAAAUGAGCGUCUCCUCCUCUAAGAUCCUUAAAGUAAGCCCCGACGGCCUCAAAGACUGCCCGAAGGCGCCUGGUGUUCUAGAGCAUCUGAAGUGAGUGACCGUUUUUUUUAAAGUGUGUGAAGUGAGUUUCUAGUGCCUCAAGACGUCUGAAAGGAAGCACUUGACGUUCCAAGACAUCUGAAGUGAGCGCCCUACUCCUUAGUUUUCUGAAGUGAGAGUUUAAUGCACAAAGACAUCUGAAAUGAGCACUUGAUGCCCAAAGACUUUAAAACGAACACUUGUGCAGAAAAGAACGUGAAAUGAGUACCUGAUGACUUAAGGUGUCAGAGUUGAUCGCCUGUUUUCCAGGAUGUGCGUAGUGAGCGUCUGACGCUUCAAGAAUACUGAAAAGAAAGCGAAAUAUUCAUAAACAAAAACAUUGCUUUAUAUUCAACGUAAAAGCAAAAUUAAUUAUAGAGAGCUUUAUAAGACAUUUCCAAAUCAGGAGUUAAGAAAAACGCAAGAACCCAGAAAUUUCACAAGCAGGUGGACACCGGAAGGUUUACAUUCACUGGUGUCCUCAGUUUGCACAGCAAUUUUCAAGAUUCUUAAAAAGAACUCAUUAUUGCUUAGUAAUUCUAUAAUAGUUUGAAGAAGCAGCAUUUCACCAUGUAUCCCAAGGUCAUAGGCCGACACCAUAUCAUUUUGUUCAUGAUUUGUUUGACUCUGACAGUUCUUACGAUCUAUGGCGGGGUCUCUAGCCCAGCAUCAUACAGAAUAGCCCCAGAUUUUCUGGUAGCCAAAAUGGUGCGAUUUAUAGACGAAUUUAGAAACGGGAGCACUUUCUUUUCCUACGGGAAUUCUACUGAAGAUUUUGCUUUGCUUUCACAAUCACGUCCUACUGACCCUAGUUACUCAUCAGAAAUGUCCAAGAAAACUACUGAUGGCUGGAAGACGAUACUGUUCUGGAACUCAUGGUUUGGAGUCCCAUGGAAGUGUAGCUUCGGAACGACCAAUGCAACUGGGUUGAAACUGGAGGGCUGCCCAAGUUGGAAAUGCAGAUUCACCUACGACCGUGGCUAUACCGGCACGGCAGACGCUAUUCUCUUUACGGCUGGAGGGUUCACCCUCGAUAACAUUCCCAAAGCGCCAAAGCCACAGUUCCAGCGUUGGGUCUGGGUGGAUGUAGAGGCGCCAACAGAACCCGGUGGAUUAAGAACCGCCAACACUCUCAGGGUUCACAAGAUGAACCAUCUAGUCAACUGGACCAUGACCUAUCACUCGGAAUCAGACAUUAUCGCCUCUUAUGGCCACUUUCUCUCACUCGGAGCCACCGUCAAGCCGCUGCGCCCCAAUUUGUUGUCAGAACACAGUGAAGCUGUGAAGCGCUAUACUGCUGCGCUAGAGCGAGGUGACACGUUGGAGAAUGUGAUGGGUCCCUCCUGGAGAAGCUUCGUGAAGAGACCCAAGGUGGUGGCCUGGAUGUCCAGCCACUGUCGUACUAACUCCCGAAGGGAGGACUAUAUAGCUGAGCUCUCUAAAUACAUCACCGUUGACAAGUAUGGGGGUUGUGGAAAUAUUACAUGUUACCACAGAGACCCGCUGGGUAAUUUGUGUUGGCAGAACAUGCUUAGUGGAAAUUACUCCUUCUACUUGUCUAUGGAGAACAAUUUAUGUGUAGACUACAUCACUGAGAAACUCUACAACCCGUUGUUGCACAACAUCGUCCCCGUCGUAUGGGGAGGAGGUGACUACGAUCAGUUCCUGCCUCCACACUCUUACAUCAAUGCUCGGCACUACCACCCACGGGAGCUGGCCCGCCUCCUGACGCGGCUACACCAGGACCCCGUCGCCUAUGGCAGGUACCAUGUGUGGCGGGGCUACUUGCAGGCCUCGAACCAAGGCAGCAUGUGUGAACUCUGUCACCGUCUGCACACCGACACAUCUUACAGCCACCAUACAGACGUCUCUGGAUGGAGGAUGAGGAGCGGCCGGUGUCAGAUGGCUCCCAGUAACAUGUUUAACAGCAAGCUAGGCAAGGGCGCCUGGAGGACAGUCAUCUCUACAAGCUACGACAAACUUUUCAAUGCUAGUCUUGUCCGGUGAUUCGCCAAGAUACAGCGAAUCACCGGAUUUAUCAUGCAUGAUUUAUCAUGCAUGAUUUAUCAUGCACACAAAAUGAACACGCGAACAUAAGUUGCACAAUGCUGUAUAUUAAAUUUGCUUGUAAUGUGGAGGUUCUCUCAUUUAGAAUUCAUUUGAAAUUGUGCUAGGUUGCAAGGAGGAGCAUUAUUCUAUUAAAAGCAUUCGUAAGGUA